AUGAUGUACGAAAAACACUACUUGGACAAGCUUACCUCGUCCAUCGCGGAAAUUGACCUCAAGUAUCCUGGCGUCCGGAGAGUUAUCAAGUACAUCUUGCGCGUCCUGAGAAUCCUUACCGAAACCGCCAAGGAACUUAGCCUCUCAAAUGUUAUCCCAGCCUCGGCACUCCCUGAGCAUAUUGACGACGAGAUUGCCUCCGCCUCCUCCUUGUCGGACUUUGAUGACGAGCGUGAGGAGACGCCUGACCUUUAUCGUAACUCGGCACUCGGUAUGUUGGAGCCUCAUGAUUCGGAUGAUGACUCGGAUGAGGAUGAGGACGAUGACGAUGACGGGUACGAUGACGAUGACUAUGGCGAUGAGAUGGACUAUGAAGAAGAUGGCCUUGACAGCAACGAAGAGGACAACGUUAGCGACGAAGACGAAGAGCUUCGCGAUAUCGGGCCGAUUGAGGGGCUUCACGGAGAUCCUGUCCUCGAAGUCAUUGUUGACGAGGAUGACGACGACAUGGAUGAUGACGACGAAGAUAGUGACGAUGACGAUGAGGAUAUGGACUCUGAUGAUAUGGAGGAAGAGGAAGACCGAGUACAUAUUGCUGCCGAAGCAGAUGAUAUGAUGGAAGAUGACGGCAACCCCGACUGGGAGAGUACGACUGACUCGGAAGACGAGGACGAAGAAGCCCUCGACUAUGACGUUGAGGAAGCCGAUUUCGAAGAAGACGAACUUCAUCACCAUCACCAUCAUCAUCACCACCACCAUCAUCAUAUCACUGAUGGCGAGAUCCUGGGUAACAUUACUCGCGUGAUGAUGGGUGGACCCGACUUUGACCCUGAUGACGUCGACGAAGAUGCCGCCGCUGGGUACGUCGAUGAUGGUAGGGACGAAGAGGAUGAGGAAGAUGACGACGACGUUGAGGAUGAUGAGUUCUUCCACGAUGAGGAUUACCCUCACCCUGUUCCCGCCAUGAUGCCGCCUGCGUUGGGAUGGGACACCUUCAUGGUUCAUCCCCCAGACUUCGCCGGACAUGGGCAGGGCGGCCGUCGCAACCGCGCAAACAUCUUUGACGCUACAUGGACACUCAACCCAGGGCGCGACUUGGGCGAGUACGGCUACCUCCAUCGAAGCAACGCCCGAUCCGGUAAUUCUGGCGCCAAUGGCGAUGACGGUACCAACCCUCUCCUCCGACGUUCCAAUGCCGGGCGCGAAGCAUCCCCGUUCUGGCGCCCAGCCCAGCUCAUUCGCCCUCAGAUUCCACUCGGAUCUAUUUGGCCCCGGGCGCGCAUUUAUCACCGCGAUUCGGCCAGCACCGAUCCUCAACAGGCCGUCGCUUUCCAUCCCGUAAUCACGCGGGAGCGAUACGAUGAAGAAGCAACCAUGCUACUUGGCUCCCGCUACGUUGACCGAACUCAAGUCCUUGCUCCGCAAAUCAUGUACAGACUCGCUCCUGCCGCCAUUGAGCAGAAGAAGAAGGCCGAUGCUGAGAAGGCUAAGCAGCAGGAGGAAGAACGUCUUAAGCGCGAGGAGGAGGAGCGGUUGAAGAGGGAGGAGGCAGAGCGCAAGGCAGAGGAAGUGAGAGCCGAAGAGGCAAGGAAGGCUGCCGAGGCCGCGGAGACCGAACGAGCCCAGCAAGCCGCGGCUGCCGCCGCCGAAUCGCAGAGGCAAGAGGUCGCAGGGUCUGCUUCCACGUCGCGGUCAUCCUCCGCCUCCCCGUCUACCCGCAAUACCGACCGAUCCAGCGAAAUUGCGCCAAGCGCCACCACGCAUCCGAUGGAGGGAAUUGAGACAGGCGACGCUGCUGCGCCUGCCACUUCCUCUGAAGGCAACGACGCGACUGCGCAGAGCCGUGUUGUGACUACCAUCCGGGGCGAAGAGGUUGAUGUGACAGAGCUUGGAAUCGACCCCGAUUACCUAGCGGCUCUACCCGAAGAAUUCCGUGAAGAGGUCAUCGCGCAGACUGUCAGCAGUCGUCGUUCGAGGGCCCGGGAAGAGAGCUCCGCCACGGGCGAGCAGACCGAGGUCUUCCAAGAGUUCCUCGAUGCCUUGCCGGCCGAGCUGCGAAUCGAAAUCAUUCAGCAAGAACGCCAGGAGCAGAGGCGCCGAAACGACGAGGAGCAGCGCCGGCAGGCUCAGACCGCGGGCAUUGUACCCGUCCCUACUGAGAUGGAUGCGGCUAGCAUUCUUCUCACGCUGCCUCCCGAUCUUCGCGAUGAAGUCUUGCUUGACCAGGGAGAGGAAAUUCUCGAUCAGCUGCCCCCGAGAUGGCUGCCCAGGCCCGAGCUCUCGCAGAGCGCAACAGCCAGCCCCGCCACGGAAUCGUGCGAGGUUCCAACAUCGACCGUUGUCCAGAUGCUAGACAAGUCCGGCGUGGCUACUCUCCUCCGCCUCAUGUUCAUCGUUCAACAGGGCCAUACGCGAGGUUACCUGUUUGGCAUUUUUGCCGACAUUUGCGAGAACCGCCAGAACCGGCUCGAGGUCAUCAGCACGCUCCUCCAGAUUCUCCAGGAUGGCAGCACCGACAUGGAUGCCAUCGAAAGGAGCUUUGGCCAGCUUUCUCUCAAGGCCAAGAAGCCAAAGGAUAAAGAAGGCAAUGAGACGAGGACCCCGCAGAGCGUUAAGAGAAGCCUCACGGCCCUCAACCCCUCGACCCCUGCGGCGACUGCGCAAAUGCCCACGCACUCAGAAAUUUCCCCGUUGCUCAUUGUCCAGCAGUGUCUGGACCUGUUGGUCGACCUGUCGACCAAGAACCUUCACAUCCCCUGGCUCUUCCUGACUGAACACGACAUCAUGGGCUCGUCGCUCAAGCGUGGGCUCAGCCGCAAGUCAAAGGUCAAGGACGGCAAGGCGCAAAAGUACGCCAUCAACUCUCUUCUCAGCCUUCUCGACCGAGAGAUAGUCAUGGAGAGUUCCAAUAUCAUGGGUCUAUUGGCGGACCUCCUUAACCGUCUUACUUUGCCCCUUCAGAAUCUCGAGCGAAGACGCAAAGAAGCGGAGGAGGCUGAGCGAAAAGCGGAGGCUGAGAAGGCCGAAAAGUCAAAGGGCAAGCAGCCAGCCGAAGGAGAGGGCUCGUCCAGCGCGGCCGCUCCCGACAACGAGGCGGCGCAAGCGGCCGAGGACGGUACUGCUGAAGAGUCUACUCAGCAAGAGGACAAGGCGGAAGACGACGCCAAGCCCAAACCACGCACGAUGCAGGUGCCUGUGAUCCCCAAUUAUAAUCUCACUCUAGUGAUCAAGAUCUUUGUCGCUCGCGAAUGCAGUUCCAAGACUUUCCAAAACACCAUUGCGGCCAUUAAAACCUCCCAGGCGCUCAGCAAAAACAUUGUGGCGGAUCUGGAUGAGCUCCUACCCCAGAUCACCAAGGCGACCUCGGGCACGGAAAUUCAAGGAGUAGCGCUUGCCAAGUUCUCACCCGGCGCUUCGGAGCAGAACAAGCUCCUGCGCGUGCUCACUGCCCUCGAUCACCUGUUCGAAACCAAGAAGGUUGCAGGCGAGGAUCAAGGCGGCGCGGCGGCCAGCCGAGAAACGGAGAAGCAAGAUCUCAUCUCGUCGCUCUACCACCACGCCACGUUUUCCACCAUGUGGGAGAAGCUCAGCGCGUGCCUGCUCGCCAUCCGACAGCGCGAAAACAUGCUCAAUGUCGCAACAAUUCUCCUUCCCCUCAUCGAGUCGUUGAUGGCGGUGUGCAAGAACACGGCGUCGAGCCCGCAGGCGUCCCAGCCACAGCUUGGAAAGGAGCUUGUGUUCGCGAGCCCUCCUCCCGAGUCGCCCAUGGCGGGGCUCUUCUUCUCGUUCACGGAAGAGCACCGUCGCAUCCUCAACGAGCUCGUGCGCAACAACCCCAAGCUCAUGCAGGGACCGUUUAAACUGCUUGUCAAGAACCCCAAGGUCCUCGAGUUCGAUAAUAAGCGCAACUACUUUAGCCGAAGCGUGCACGCCCGCACGAGCGCUCACGGACGCACGUCUUACCAGCCUCUUCAACUCUCGGUCCGCCGCGAACACGUGUUCCACGAUUCGUUCAAGUCGCUCUACUUCAAGAGCGGCGAUGAGAUGAAGUACGGCAAGCUCAACAUUCGUUUCCACGGCGAGGAGGGUGUCGACGCGGGCGGCGUCACGCGAGAGUGGUUCCAGGUCCUCUCGCGACAAAUGUUCAACCCCAACUACGCGCUCUUUAUUCCCGUGUCCUCGGACCGCACGACGUUCCACCCCAACAAGCUCAGCGGCAUCAACGACGAGCACUUGCGGUUCUUCAAGUUUAUCGGGCGCGUCAUCGGAAAGGCCCUGUACGAAAACCGUGUGCUGGACUGCUACUUUAGCCGUGCCGUCUACAAGCGUAUCCUGGGCAAGUCGGUGUCGGUCAAGGAUAUGGAAUCAUUCGACCCCGACUACUACAAAUCGCUCGUCUGGAUGCUGGAGAACGACAUUACCGAGAUCAUUACGGAGACCUUUUCGGUGGAGGACGACGAGUUCGGCCGAGUCAACGUGGUGGACCUCAUUCCCAACGGUCGCAACAUUGCGGUGACGGAGGAGAACAAGCACGAGUACGUGCGCCUCGUGGUGGAGCACAAGCUUCUGAACUCGGUCAGGGAGCAGAUGGAGCACUUCCUCAAGGGCUUCCACGACAUUAUCCCCGCGGACCUGAUUUCCAUCUUCAACGAGCAGGAGCUUGAGCUUCUCAUCUCGGGUCUGCCGGAUAUCGAGGUGGACGACUGGAAGAGUAACACCGAAUAUCACAACUACACGGCCUCGUCGCCCCAAAUCCAGUGGUUCUGGCGCGCGGUCCGCUCACUUGACAAGGAAGAGCGUGCCAAGCUGCUGCAGUUCGUUACCGGCACCAGUAAAGUGCCCUUGAACGGAUUCAAGGAGCUCGAGGGCAUGAACGGAAUCAACCGAUUCAACAUUCACCGGGACUAUGGCAACAAGACACGCUUGCCUAGUUCACAUACUUGCUUUAACCAGCUCGACCUUCCCGAGUACGAAAGCUAUGACAUGCUCCGAAAGCAGUUGCUCAAGGCCAUCACAGCCGGAAGCGAUUACUUUGGAUUUGCGUAG